ACGUUUUAUUCACUAAUCAAACCGCAACCACAAGCAUUCAUCACUUUUGUGAAUAAAUAUUUGUUUAAACUUUUUAUUAAAGAAAUUUGUAAAAAUAUUGCCGAUAUCAACAAAAUGGGUGAUAAAAACCAAGACCAAAGUAUCAUGGAUAAAUCCAUGCGAUCGGUAUUCGUGGGAAACAUUCCUUACGAAGCCACCGAGGAGAAGCUCAAAGAAAUAUUCAGUGAAGUUGGACCAGUAUUGUCCUUGAAACUUGUAUUCGAUCGGGAAAGUGGCAAACCAAAGGGUUAUGGAUUCUGUGAGUACAAAGACCAGGAAACAGCUCUCAGUGCAAUGAGGAACUUGAAUGGCUACGAAAUUGGUGGUCGAACACUUCGAGUCGACAAUGCUUGUACGGAAAAGUCUCGCAUGGAAAUGCAACAGCUGCUGCAGGGGCCUCAGGUUGAGAACCCCUACGGAGACCACUGCGAUCCAGAUGAGGCUCCAGAAAUUAUCACAAAAACCGUAGCUUCAUUGCCUCCGGAGCAAAUGUAUGAAUUAAUGCGACAAAUGAAGCUCUGCAUCCAGAACAAUCCCUCGGAAGCCCGCCAGAUGUUGCUGAUGAACCCACAGCUGGCAUAUGCCCUGCUCCAGUCGAUGGUUGUGAUGCGAAUUGUGGAUCCCCAAACUGCUUUGACGAUGCUCUUCAAAGCGAAUCAAAUGCCUCCAGUCCUUGGCACCAAUGCGAUGACAGGACAGCCCCAGCAGAUACCUCUCAUGUCCCAGCAAACACCUAUAAUACAACAACAGCAGCAGCAAGCCCCACAACAACAGUCCUCGGCCGCGUUAAUGGCCAACUUUGUCAUGCAGAACCAGGACGUCGACUUGCGAGCAGUCGACCCACGAGUCCUCAGCGACCCCCGAGGCAUGUCGGACCCACGGGCAAUGCAGGACUCUCGCAGUAUCGACCCGAGAAUGGGUCGCAAUAUGGACCAAGACAUGCGCGCCCUGCCGAAUCCCGUACCGCCACCAUCCAUUGGGCCCGCUCAAAUAGAUCCUCGUGCACAGAGGAUGCCCCAGCCAGUGGCUGCACCGGUACCAGUACCUUUCCCAACAGAUCCACGUCAGCGUUCUGGCGAUCCACGUCUACGUCCGGGCAAUCCCGUUCAGCCAGUGCCCGCACCUGUGGCUGCACCACAAACUGCCCAGCAAAAUCUACAAAGUCGUCUCACUUCAAACGGAAUUCCCAGCGAUGCCUCCGACCAGGAGAAGGCCGCUCUCAUUAUGCAAGUGUUGCAGUUGUCUGACGAACAAAUUGCAAUGCUGCCGCCAGAGCAACGUGCCAGUAUUUUGGUCCUCAAGGAGCAAAUUGCGAAAAGUACCCAACGUUAAGUUAAACAAAACAAUAAAAACUGAUUAUCACUACAAUAAAUA